UUUGCAGGUGAAACCACCCCCUCUCUUUCUCUCUUUGUGCCUCUGUUCUUUAGAGAUGUUAAUCCGUUCGAGGAGAAGUUUCGAAACAACACACACACACACACACACACACACACAAAGGCGCACAGGAGGUUGAGUUCUUGAGCUCGUGUGAAAGUGAAGAGGAGUUUCUUUAUUCGGCUCUGAAAUGCGCGCUCUGGAACUUUAUUCAUAACCGCACUGCUUUUGUUUACUUGUUUACUGUUUAUUUUCUGCACUUUAGGAAUUUGUUGUUGGAGGAACUGAAACUGAAAGCCUUUUGUAAGUGUAAACUCUUGACUUUAUUCGCUGGUGUUUGGGUUUAUUUGGUUGUUAUCAGCAGUGUUUGGGUGAUGAAUAUGUACAGCAUGCUGGAUCACGAGCUGAAAAGCCCGCUUCAGCACGCGCCCGUCAUGAUGCCGCCGGUGAACGGAAGCGUGCACGCGAGCUCCACACCGGCGGCGCCGUGCGCUCAGAAGAGCUCCGAGGCUCUGGAUAAAGUGAAGCGGCCCAUGAACGCCUUCAUGGUGUGGUCCCGCGGCCAGAGGCGCAAGAUGGCGCAGGAGAACCCGAAGAUGCACAACUCUGAGAUCAGCAAGCGGCUCGGCGCGGAGUGGAAGCUGCUCGCGGACGCGCAGAAACGGCCCUUCAUCGACGAGGCCAAGCGGCUGCGCGCGCUGCACAUGAAGGAGCAUCCCGACUACAAAUACAAACCGCGGCGCAAAACUAAACCCGCAACCAAGAAGGACUGUCCGGUGAGCGCGCUCCCGCUGAGCGCCGGGACCCUGAGCGGAAGUGCCCGGAUGGAGGGUUACGGCUGGGGCGCGGCGGGAGGAUACGGGAGCGCGCAGGGGGACGCGCUUGGUUACACUCAGCAGAUUCACCGGUACGACCUGUCGAGCUUCCAGUACCCGAGCGCGCACAGCUACAUGAACAGCGCGAGCGCGUACAGUCCGGUGCAGUACGGUACUCAGCAGUCCAGCCCGGUCAUGUCCAUGGUCAAACCGGAUCAGCUGUCUCCGUCCUCGAGCGGCGGCGGUCCGAGUCAGCCUCGCACUCCGUUACAGCCCGACCUGAGGGACAUGAUCAGCAUGUACAUCCCGAGCGGAAGCGGAGACACCGGAGACUCACAGAGGAACUACACCACUAACCUGCAGCAGCACUACCUCACCAGCACCGCCUCACUCACACACAUCUGAGUCUCCACCUGGGUCAUGUGACUCCGUUAACAAAGAGCCAUGAAUGAUGAGCUGGAGUGAGAGAGCGAGCCGUGUUUAUAAGGAGAGAAACACAGAGAAACUGAGAUCAGACCUCUGAUAUUCUCUCACGCACAUCUCUGAGUUCCGUUAGCAUUGUUCUGCUGUGAGGGCUAGCAGCACCACACACACACACACACACACACACACACACACGCUCUCUCUCUCUCUCUCUCUCUCUCUCUCUCACACACACACUGCUUUAAAAGUAAAGUAUUAACACAGAAAUCACAAACUGAGGAACUUCGCUGUAUUUUUAGUAACAGAUGUGUUUUAUGUUUAGAACAAACAGGUUUUUAUAAACAUUCUUCUAUCUGCAGUUUUAAAGCCUUUACAGUGAAAUGUCACAUCACACACACUCACACACACACUCACACACACACUCACACACACACACACACUCACACACACACACUCACUCACACACACACUCACACACACACUCACACACACACUCACACUCACACUCACACACACACUCACACUCACACACACACACUCACUCACACACACACUCACACACACACUCACACACACAC